AUGGAGAAGCAUGGCUGGGCACAGGGCAAGUUCCUCAUAGAUGGCUUCCCGCGAAGUUUCGACAAUAUGGACGGUUGGGACAAGGUGAUUGGAGAUUCCGCGGAAGUCCAAUUUGCUCUGUUCUUCGACUGCUCAGAAGCCGUCAUGGAGGCACGCAUCCUGGAGCGAGGGAAGACGAGCGGGAGGGCCGACGACAAUGCCGAAGCCAUUCGUAAACGGCUGAGGACGUUUAAGCAGGACUCGGUAGAGCUGAUCGCUUCAGGGCUCCCGGAAAGCGGGCAAGGGGAGGUCUAG